AUGUUCGCUGCCGACAAUGCUGCCCGUAUGGACGGCUUGAAAGAUGAACUGGCUCUCGCUGCGGGUAAGGUCACUCCUGGCGUCGACGACACUCCGUAUAUUCAAUACGCUCUGGAGGCGUUAACUCGCGAAAGAGGAAAUAACACCACCAGCCAAGUACCCAUUCCUUCACCUCCUUCAGAGACGUAUAAUGAAAGGUAUCAAUCACGGAGCCCAAAGUUCAUGGCCAAGGGGUUCGCUGCUCCACCAAUGGCGCCUACUCGAGGUGAGCGGUUGCCCUCACAUGAACUGCUCAAUUCACCUCUUUUACACCAAUGCCAGCUUGACACUCCUGAGCUGCCACAAGACCGAGGUUUCUCAUAUCCUCAGCCCAUGGCGGCUCCAUUGUCUCAGAAACCGUCUUCCACGGACCAUUGGAUUCCGGUGGAUAAGAACAUGUUGCAGACUAUUGAUCCUCGAGGCCGUACAUAUCCGCCUUUGACUUUCAAGCCACGAAUUUUACGACCAUUCUCAAUGUUAAUGUUAAUGACUCUAUGCGCACUCAUGAUGGCAGCACUGAUAUUUUCCGCCGUGUAUUCGCGGAAAAAUGAAGGAUUGACGCCCUACCCUGGCAGUAUAUAUUCGGGUCAAUAUUUUGUAUUUCGUAUCUUGCCUCAGCUGUUGGCCGGGGUGGUCCUUAUCUACGCUCAAAACAUCAUGGCAGCAUCCCUCCGGAUCAUACCAUUUGCAACUUUGGCCGAGGAAGAUCCUGAGAAACGAUAUCUGGCCCUAUUUCGGAGCCUGUACCCGACAUCCUUUCUCCUUCCUCAGCUAUCAGGCCCCUGGCAGCUCAAAACCUUUGGCAUAGCCACUUGGCUUGCCAAUUUCACUCUCCCACUACUGAGCGCAACAUUUACGUGUAUAUACGUGGACGGCCAGGGACGAUGGAUAUGGUCAGCUACUCAAGGGUUGAUCUGGGUAUCAGUUGCCCUGUAUGCUAUUCUCUUGGUUGCUGCCUGCAUAUUAAUGACGUUUUGGUUCGGCCACUGGACUGGACUUCUCUGGGAUGCGCGCUCCGUCGCAGACCUGAUCCCACUGCUGCAUCGCACCAACACCAUGAACAGCUACCGGCGCAAGGGCCUCUAUGAGCGCAACUGCGACUACAGGGCAGAACUCCGAGAGCGGUGGUUCGACCGGCUAGGAUACUGGCAGAAUGGGGACAUGACGGGGGGCGUUUGGCACGCGAUCGGAACAUCGGCCGUGCCGGCAGACGGCGGCGCAGAACCACGAUCUGAACGUCGAAGCAACAGUCUCUCCGUCGGAUCCCACAUGACGGCUUCCUCUGCACUGCUAGACUUUGAAGGAGGCACGUAUCUGCCAUGGUGCCUUAGAGACGUGCCACUGGUGUCAUUCAUCCUUGUGACCAGCGGCCUGCUGCUAGCUCUCCUCAUCGUGUCUUUCCUGCCCCAGACAAAGCUCGAGUCCGGUUUCGCGCCUCUCCUCACUGCACGACCGGAUGACGCAGCCUUCUCUGCAGCCAACUUCCUCUACAGCUUCCUGCCCGCCACCCUGGGCAUGAUCCUAUUUCUGCUAUUCCAGAGCCUUGACCAAGCACUACGCAUUCUCCAACCAUGGGGCGACAUGACCUCUCUCGACGGUGCCGUCGCAAGCCGCUCCAUUCUCGCCGACUACGCCGCCUGCCUCUCCUUGCACGCACCAGUGCGGGCUCUCCGCAACGGCCACUGGCGAAUCGCCGUCAUAUCCCUCAUGUCCACGCUCUUCAUCUUCAUUCCCAUUCUCGCGGGCGGCCUGUUCAUGGCCCUCACGGCCCCGACACAGCAGGUCCGCAUGUUCCCGAGCAUGCCGGUCUACGGCGUCCUCGUCGCAUUCCUCAUCCUCUACGUCGGCUGCGCGUCCCUCCUCGUCCCCCACCGCCGCCAAUUCUACCUCCCCCACGGCGUCACCACCAUCGCAUCCCUCGUCAGCUUCUGCACCGCCAGGGACCUCUACGAGGACCCUGCUUUCCGCUCCGUCCGGUCCAGGAAGGACCUCGCCGCCCGGCUGGGCGUGGGCCGCAAGGACGCCCGCGAGGAGAGCAUCUGGUUCUUCGGCGUGCUGGCAGGCCGUGACGAGAAGCGAAUCAGCGUACGGCGAAUGAAGCGGUACACUGAAAAAAUGGCAAUGACGCGAUCCAUGACCUCCAUGGUCUAA